UCAGUGUGUGUUUUUCCGGGUUUCUCUGCAUGUGAAGUUUCCUGUGUUUGUCAUAGACACAUACUGUACUCCGAACUAGCCAUGGGCUGACAUGCGAAAAGAGCUUCGACAUGCUACCAUCAAAUCUGGCUUGCUUAGACUAUUAAGAGGGACGCAAAACUACUGAAAAGUUUUAAGGAUUUAUCUGAAGAAGAACCUUCGAUAUGGCAAGCAUGUCAACCACUAAAAGCCUGGACUAUAUCGACUUGGGCUCCCUACGAGACCCUGCAGGAAUAUUUGAGCUGGUUGAAGUUGUGGGAAACGGGACAUAUGGACAAGUCUAUAAGGGACGCCAUGUCAAAACAGGUCAGCUGGCCGCCAUUAAAGUAAUGAACGUCACGGAGGAAGAAGAGGAGGAGAUAAAACUUGAAAUAAACAUGCUGAAGAAAUAUUCCCAUCACAGAAACAUUGCAACGUACUACGGGGCAUUUGUGAAAAAAAGCUUUGCGGGCCAAGACGAUCAGCUUUGGCUAGUGAUGGAGUACUGUGGAGCAGGAUCAGUUACAGACUUGGUAAAAAAGACCAAAGGCAACUGCUUAAAGGAAGACUGGAUUGCAUACAUCUGUAGAGAGGUUCUAAGGGGUUUGGCUCACCUCCACGCGCACCAUGUAAUUCAUCGGGACAUUAAAGGGCAGAAUGUUCUGCUUAGUGAAAAUGCAGAGGUGAAACUAGUUGAUUUUGGUGUGAGUGCUCAGUUGGAUAGAACCAUAGGGAGAAGAAAUACUUUCAUUGGAACCCCUUACUGGAUGGCACCGGAGGUUAUAGCAUGUGAUGAGAAUCCAGACUCAACAUAUGACUACAGAAGUGACCUCUGGUCUUUGGGAAUAACUGCAAUAGAAAUGGCAGAGGGAGCACCCCCCCUGUGUGACAUGCACCCUAUGAGGGCACUGUUCCUUAUUCCAAGAAACCCCCCACCAAAACUAAAAUCUAGAAAGUGGUCAAAGAAAUGUCUUAACUUUGUUGAUAGCUGCCUUGUUAAAAAUUACACACACCGUCCUUCUACAGAAACCCUUCUUAAACAUUCAUUUGUCAGAGACAUACAAAAUGAGCGGCAGAUACGAAUCAUGCUUAAAGACCAUCUGGAUAGGACCAGAAAAAAGAAAGGGGAGAAAGAUGACAAUGGAUAUGAAUAUAGUGGAAGUGAAGAAGAUGAUGAUGAACUGAAUGAAGAGGAAGGAGAGCCAAGCUCCAUUGUUAAUCUUCCUGGUGAAUCGACUCUCCGGCGUGAGUUCUUGCGACUGCAGCAGGAAAACAAGAACAGAUCAGAUCCUCAGAGACACCAGCAAUUACAGCAGCAGCUCAAAGACCAAGAGAAAUACAAAAAACAGCUCCUGGCCGAGCGCCAGAAAAGGAUCGAGCAGCAGAAGGAACAGAGGAAGAAGUUGGAAGAUCAUCAGAAAAGGGAACUGGAGCUCAGAAAAUUGCAGGAGUUUGAUUUGAGAUGUACAGGACUUGAAGAAAUUCAGAAGAAUGAAGGGAAAGGAGUCCGGAAACAUACAGAAAAUCCGAAUUUUGCUGUCGUUGACGGAUGGAACAAAAAUGAAAGGAAACAGAAUGAAAUCCAAAGACAGAAGACAGAUGGAAUUUCUAAAGCAACAGAAGUGUCCCUACAUGUAACAAAAGUUGAGGAAACAGCAAGUCAUAAGAGGUUUCAUCGCACAUUGCCCAAGGAUCAGACUCAAUUAUUGAUUCUCCAACAUGAUCACAGGGGAAAGAAAACAGACUCACCAAAACAAAUUUCAGAUCACACACGUGUGAAUGUUAAUGUGAAUCUGGAGAUCCAAGAUAAGAAUAAAGCUGCAACUGACCUUAAGUGGACCGGUUUGAUACAUCAAGCGCACUCGAGGCUCGGAUCAGGAAGCAGUUCCAGCCCCUGCACCCCAGCAUUACCGCGAGCCCUGCUUUCAGAGACUGAAAAUCUCCGCUCCAGUAAAGACAGUCACUACAGCGGCUCCUUGUCAGACAUGGUCAUAAGUCCAUUAUCCCCAGGAAAAGAUGAUGUGUUCUGGGAUUCGCUGCAGAUUGAAGACUCCCCGCCAAAGGUUCCAGAGAGAACUACUUCUAAGUUUUACAUGAAAGACUUUCCAGGCCACCAAAGAUGUCCAUCUGGGGGUUUAAGUCCACAAUCUCAAAAGGAUCUGCCUGACAAUCGUAAAAACAACAGUUCAACUGAGAUCAGCAAUCCAAGUAACAGACCCAAACCAGGAGGAUUUAAGGAGAAUCACCCACGGCAGAAUUAUCCCCAGCAAUUCAAAAAGCCUCAAAACGCAAAUCUAGACUCACAAAAGAUUUCGAGUCCCAAUGUCUUGGCUAAAGGUAAAGACAGCAAUAACUUUCACUUGAAAGCUUCGUGUUACUCUUCCUCCAGCGAUGAGAUUGGUAGCAGCGAUGAUGAUAUCCAGCAUAAACGGCAACCACUAAGCAAUGGGAUGCUGAAUAUUGCAAGGACAAGAGGUUCAGAUGGAAUCACAGAAAAACCCCAAAUCAACAUAACCGAAAGCAAGGCGGUCGGGAAGCAGAGUUGCAGCAGUAACAGCAGUAGCAGCAGUAGCAACAGCAACCAUGGAAUUUGGAACUCCUACAAUCAAACGUAUCUGUUGCCCGAUCUCUUACAGCAGAGCCGGCCCUCAGAGACUCCAGUGAAUCUGCACAAAACACCUCAAAAAUGUCACAGACCUCUUGACAAAUCUAUUAAUGAUCAGACACCUAACAGUGAAUCAGUGCAACCCAAAAACAGUUCAUCGUCAACCACAUCAUUUAGUGCAUUUAUUGAUCCAAGGCUCCUUCAGUUUUCUCCUCCAACAAGCCCGACAAGUUCUUCAUGUAGCACAAAAGUGGAGCCUUCUCGGAGAGAAAACGCAAGGAAAGGAUCAGUUGUCAACGUUAAUCCGACAAAUAUCCGGCCUCAGAGUGACAGUCCGGAGAUUCGAAAAUAUAAGAAGAAAUUUAAUUCUGAGAUCCUGUGUGCUGCUCUCUGGGGUGUCAACCUUCUGGUGGGAACGGAAUAUGGGCUAUGGUUACUGGACCGAAGUGGACAAGGAAGAGUUUAUUCACUGAUCAGCAGACGGCGGUUCUACCAAAUGGAUGUUUUAGAAGGACUAAAUGUUCUAAUCACUAUUUCUGGCAAGAAAAAUAAACUGAGGGUUUAUUAUUUAUCGUGGUUGAGGAACAAAAUCCUGCGGAAUGAUCCAGAGGUAGAGAAACGUCAAGGCUGGGUCUCUGUGGGGGAUCUCGAAGGCUGUGUACACUACAAAGUCGUAAAAUACGAAAGGAUAAAAUUUCUUGUGAUUGCCCUGAAGAACUCAGUGGAAAUAUAUGCAUGGGCGCCAAAGCCAUAUCAUAAGUUUAUGGCUUUUAAGUCAUUCUCAUCCCUUCAACAUAAACCAUUGUUUGUUGAUCUAACUGUGGAAAAUGGACAACGAUUGAAGGUCAUAUAUGGCUCUGCGUUGGGAUUUCAUGCUAUUGAUGUUGACUCCGGUACAGUGUGUGACCUCUAUCUGCCAACACACAUCCAAGGAAACAUACACCCACAUGCAAUUAUUAUCCUGCCCAACACAAAUGGGAUGGAACUGCUGCUUAGCUAUGAAGACGAAGGAGUCUAUAUUGACACGUAUGGACGCUUUACAAAGGAAACGGUUUUACAGUGGGGCGAGAUGCCAGCUUCUGUGGCUUAUCUCCAAUCUAAUCAAGUAAUGGGUUGGGGUGAGAAGGCGAUUGAACUGCGCUCUGGGGAAACUGGAACUCUGGAAGGUGUUUUCAUGCACAAGAAGGCACAAAAGUUAAAGUUUCUGUGUGAAAGAAAUGACAAGGUUUUUUUUGCGUCAAUACAAUCUGCUGGCUGCAGUCAGAUAUACUUCAUGACCCUCGGACAAAAUAUGAUGUUUAACUGGUAAACGUACUCAAACUUUUGGUGAGGAAAAAAGGAAAGAAAGAAAAAGAAAAUACUGAAAGAGUUUAAAUCUUCCUCGUCAAUGUGCACCAUUAAUUAGUGACGAUCAGACCCACGGGUUCAUCUAUAUGACAGAUGGACUUCAUUGAUGUCCCCUUCAUUGAUGUCCCCCGAUGUGGGGGGCAAAAAAAUAAAUGUAGCAUUAAAAUAUUUAAAGGUGAUUAAUAUACUUAUUAUUUAAGAAUUUUGCACAUAUGCAUUGUAUCAGAAAUAGAUUGACUUAUUGAAAACUAGCAUUUUGUUGUGGGUGAGCCAAAAGAUGUCAAAGAGUUAAAGAAAAUGAAAAAUAUGUUUACUUAUUAUAUUAGUACUGAAUUACAAGUUAUUGCACUUUUUUCCUCAGUAUUUUUGGGUAUCGAUUAUACUCAACACUGUAAUGAACUAUUUUACUUGAAGGACAAGCAAUAUCCGUAGAAUUUAGAUUCCCAGCAUCCUGCAGUGUAAAAUAUAUUUGUAACAUAUUUUGAGUGACGUUUCAAUUAUCGUUUACAAAGCAUGAAGUAUUAAUGCGUUCUAUGUAUGUAGAUUAAAUGAUCCUGGUGAUUGUAAAUAAAGUGAUUGAAAUCUCAAGGUAAACUAGAAAAAGAAAAAAAAAACAAUUCCAGUUGAAGACUAAUGA